AUGGGGCGGUGGUCUGGGGACUGCUUCCAGUGCUCCUCCAUUGAAGCGCUCAAUAGGGAGCUCGACGGAGAAACGGUCAAGUCCACGUGGGCCACCUUUCUUUGCCGGCGGCCUUUUAAUCUUUGCCGAAAGCUUUUUUUUUGCCGGAGGCCUUCUCUAUCUUUUGCCGUAGGCAUUUUCUUUGCCGGAGGCCCUAAACCUCCGGCAAAGGCCCAGGCCGCCAGCAACUGUGAUUUUCCCGUAGCGAAGGUGAAGGAUGAAGUAUCGGGGUGGGCGGUCCUCAGUUCCAGAUCCAUUCGCGCCGAUGGGCGCAACAAGGAUCUGGCGGACGCCGUGACGCUCCUGGCGCGCGUCGUUCAGCCCCCGCAUAUUUCCGAGCUCUCCAUCCACCUCAACCACGAGCUCUGUCCCAUCCAGAUCGAGGAUUACGCCGACCCCGAUCCCGACGGCCCUGCGUAUACCGAGAAUCCCAUAGCCUACGUGGAGGCCACAGACGACCGGCUCAUCGUCCUGGCCGAUCGAUUCCGAGGCCGUCAAUAUGCCGACCAUCUCCUAGUCUACGAUGCCGUCGACGCGUCGCUCUCUGUGGUGCCGGUCCUGUCUCGCAUAAAUUGCGUGCCCAAAUCACAUAUUCUACCAGUGCGCCGCCGCAACGACAGCGGCUACGCGCUGGCCAUCAUGGCGGAAGACGAUCUGUACGACCCGGUAACACGAAGCGAGAGCCGAUGGGAGGUCCUCUGCCUGUGGCCGCCACCGCCCUCCUCCAAGCCACUCCCACCUUUAAAUGGAAGCAUCGCCCCGUGGCAGGUAAAGGAGCCGCGCUUCCCUCCGGAGAAGCCGGAAAUUUUCUGUGAGCACACGACCUUCUCAUUCCAAGGGCAGGCUUUCUGGGCGGACCUGGGCAAAGGCCUCCUGUUCUGCGAUUGCGAGGACAUGCUCUCUGGCGGCUACCAGGUGCCCUUCCGUUACGUUCCACUGCCGUCAGAGUGCACGUCUUGCGGAGAAUGUGGCAACAUUGAUCUGACGUGGAGUCGGGCCAUGAGCUGCUGCGACAGUGAUUGGAGCAGGCGGCGACGUUGACUGUAACCAGGGUGGUCAUAACCCUUGCUUGUUCCCGCUUACCGAAGGUGCCAACUAUGGGAUAAAAAAUCAGGAAGGAUAUGAACGCUUGCGUAGCAACAUGUCUCCUGUCAGCCGUUUCGAUUUGACGUCGACGCCUUGUAACAAGGUUUUCUUAUGGGACUUUUCUUUUGUUCUGGUUUUUUGCCGCCUCGCUGCCUCUUUAUCUUAGCGUGUGAAUUUUCUUGUAUUUUUUGUUUACGUGUUGAGGUAGGGCCCUAUGCCCAAACCAUCUACUGGUGCUUCUGGUGCUGUCCUUCAGGCUAAACCUAAAUUGAAAUCCGCUGUCCAAGGGAAUCAUCAGAAAGUAGUAGUAGACCUAAGCUCCCCUGAAGCGGAGGUUGUUGCUGAAAAGAAUUUCAAAACUCGCUGCACCAAUUUAUCGAAGGAAAACGACAUUAUGUACAACAAGUCAAUCCAGUCCCGUAUUGUAGAGCCUAAUCAAUCAAAUGUCAAGCAACAGGAACCUCGUUUGCUAGCAAAUCAAUGUCAUAUACGUCCGGCCAAAGAAUUAGUGGGCACCAAACGUCCGGCCAAUGCAAUUACAAAUGUUAUUCAGAAUCGCAAUAUCAAUCAGCAUGGCCGCUUCCUAGUUUCUGAUGAUG